UAUCUGAUGAAAAUAUUGAUUUGAUGGGUCAUUAUUUGACUCUUUAUUAUAUGGCUCAAUUAAAAUGGAAAAAAGAUGGAUCAUAUUUAAAUGUAACAGAGAUGCGUGAAUUUAUAAAUACUGUUCGUUCAAGACCUAAACAUGAACUUUGUCUUUUGAUCACUACUGCGACAUUAUCAAAACAUGCAGAAAAUGCAUCUGUAAAUUUUGAUGAAAAAGAACAUGUUAUUAUUUGUGGUUAUAAUGAUAUAUCUCAAAAUAUUAAAAAAUAUGAAGAAAAACAUAAACAAGCUCUUGAAAAUAAAAAGAAAAGAAAAAGAAAAAAAGCAAUUUAUCAAAAAUCUAAAAUCAUAAAACUCAAAGAUGAGAAUGAAAAAUUGAAAAAAAAAAAUUAA